GGAAGGAAGGAAGGAUGGAAGGAUGGAAGGAAGGAAGGAUGGAAGGAAGGAUGGACGGAUGGAUGAGUUAUAACGAGUUGAUACAGCUGCAGCUUCAGAUUGGAGGACUCGUCCAGCUUUUACGCCGCCGGUGCCGCUGGAUCCUCUCCUUCGACGUGGGCGAUGAUCCCGAGUGCGAGUUCCUGGAUCUCCGGGCAGCGAUCGCCCUGAGCCGCCAGGAGCGCUUAUGCAGCUUCUACUUGCACAAGGAUCCACGACGGGACCUGGAAGAUGUCUUGGAAGCCUUCCGCAAGAGCAAAGAACCCUUUCUACAUCUAGGCGUCCUCUAUUCGGAUGAGACCGGGCAAAGAGACCAGGUCGGCGAGAUCUUCCACGUGCGCAUGCGAUUGCUGGACCAUGCCAUUCCGGUGCAGCCGCUGGUACAACGUGAGGAAGUGCUCCUGUCCGAGAGGGGCAUUUUCUCGGUGAACCGUGUGAUUCCUGCCACCGUACAAGGAUCGGUGGUGGAGCUACAUGCGAUGCCAGAGGACUACGUGAUGUCCUCGCAGACCUCCAGCAGUGAGGGCUCGCCUUUGAAACCGCGCUCAGAGCUGGGAGGCAUUUGCUGUGAAUGCUGCCACGAAGGUCACGAUUGCAAACUUUGUGGCAGCUUUCCGAACACCCACACCGUGAACCAGUUCUUCACGCCAACCGUUUGGGCCAACUUCUGCCGCCUGGGUCGUGAGAUGGCUGCGCCGGCCAUCGCGGAGCUCACCCGCGCGCAGAUGCACGAGAGCCGCGCACGGGUGGCGGCACGCGCGAGCACGGCUGCGCGGGGGUGGUGAGGAGUGGAGAAGCAC